CGACGACGAACGAUGGACGCCGUCGUCGGCGGCCUGUCGCGCUCGGCGCACCACCUCCCCGCGUUGUCGCCCGAUGAGCUUUCGGGCAUCGUAGGAUGGAUCUCAAUCUGGGUUUGGGUUUGUGUCUAUUCUCCGUGGGUGUGAAACCAUUGAUUCGUCAAGCUGAACAUGAAAGCGGUUUUGGCCUGAUCCAACGAAAGCUUGUUCCCUCUGUCAGCCAGCUGCAUGAGAACUACGUCCUCAAGAGCGGCGAGGGCCUGUCGAUUACGUUUAUUAUCAUCUGGCUCGCCGGCGACGCGCUCAACAUGAUUGGAGCCUACCGCGCAGAGCUGCUCUCGACGAUGAUCAUCCUCGCAGGAUACUACUGCCUCUGCGACAUUGCGCUCAUCUGGCAGUACUACUACUACCGGAAAUACCACGACUACUAUCACCCGUCAGCAGUGGCCGGAGGAGCACAGCCUGCUGCAGAGACGCCCGCUGAGGCAGCGACCGAGAGCACACCUCUGGUCAAUGGCAACACCGCCAAGCCGCCGCCAGCAGCAUCAGCAGCAGCAGUCAGGCGCGAGCCGACAUUCACAGAGGAAGUCGUCAAGUGCAUCGCCGGCCUCGUCGUCGUGAGCAUCGCCGGUGUCUUCUCCUGGUAUGCCACGACGCAGAUCCACGGGCAUCCCGCCGGCGACCCACCGGCAUUGACGACGCAGGAGUGGAAGUGGGACGCGCAGGUAUCGGGCUGGGCGAGCGCGUUUCUCUACCUGGCCUCGCGCGUGCCCCAGAUCUUUAAGAACAGGCAGACAAAGUGCGAGGGCCUCUCGCUCGCCCUCUUUGUCUUUGCCGUCGCAGGAAACCUGACGUACGUGGCCAGCAUCGUGCUCAAGAGCACCGAGCGCGACUGGCUCGUCGAGAACCUCAGCUGGAUGGUCGGCUCCCUCGGCACCGUCUUUCUCGACUUUGUCGUCCUCGCCCAGUUUGUUGCCUACAGCAAGGAGCGCAGGGAGCGAACCGAACGGACAGCGGCUGCUACUGCUGCUGGUCAGAGUGGCGUGUCCGUGUAGUCUACCUUUCAAUGUUCUCAUAACUCGCAUCAUCAUAAAUAGCAUCAAUUCACG